AUGACCUCUGCAAGCGACGCGAAGAACCCGCAUCUCACUGAAGACGACAUCAAGAUCCUAGUCGCGUGGAUGGAGAUACCCGACAACUUUCAAAGCGUAUACAGAACUAGUGGGAAGCCAAACGUCGGAGGGAAGGCAAAGAUCACAAAGAAUUUGGCGUACGCUCAGAUGGCUGCUCACCUUCACGCUAAGACACAGAAGCAUGCGAGCUUGAAAGCCAGAAACAUGCAGCGACGCUGAGAGAACUACGUUAAAAAGUUCAGAGAGGUUCUCAAGUACCAUGGCGGAACUGGCAUGGGUCUUUCGGGUGGUGAAGUUGACCGUAGUGCGUCGCUCCUGGCUAAGCUUGAGAAGAUGUGUCCAUGCUACAUUCGAAUGCGCGUUCUUUUUGGUGAGUGCCCCAAUAUGAAACCCCAC